AGGACCCCUCCAUGGAAACACACGUCGAUCCUCUUGAUGGCCAUGAUGAACACCGCGUCAGAGCCCUCCUUAUCCCGGACCACGACAGCAAACAUUAGCCCACUUGCUAGGAUACGGUCCACUCCGGGAUGAAACGCAAUUGAUUACUCUGUGCAGGGUUCGAGUUUGCUCAAGAUUAGGGAUCGCUUCACAGUAGAGGUAGAUGCAUGCACGUAAGCAUCAUUGGUGUACUCCCCAUCCUGGCAGCAGUAUACGGCGGUGGUUCGAAGGUCGAUAUGAUCAUGAUAGGAAGUGUCCGGAUGAUCCGAGUACCCACCAGUGAACUAAGUAUGAUCGACAGCAGUGCAAAGCUGGAAGAUCUUCAAAGCCACCAGUUGGAUGAUGACGCAAGUCUAGUGGCUCCAGCUAGCAUAGUGGCAAUGAUGGCUUGCGUCGACACUUUCGGGGUCAAACAAUGCCCCAGGCAAAUUCCGAGAAAUCCUUUUCACCCGAUGUCAGAUAACACUUUGUCAGAUAAUCCUGACAAGGGAGCACGACAAACGUCACGAUGCUUCAUUGUCUGGAGACAAUGACUGAGCUGCCGGAUGGCAGUAUGUCAAGGGCUAUGUACUUGCCUCUGUCACUUUGUCUUCCAAGUGCCUAUAUGAAGACGAUUAAACAUCGACUGCGACACAGCGUGG